AUGCCUCCAGCAAAGCAUAUAAUACUCCUGAUCUCCCUUCUCUUCGCCUCAUCGUCAGCACACCCACCACCACAACCAAACCCACCCCCAACAGCAACCCACUGCAAUGAACCCGUCCAGCUUGGAACUGGACCUGGUAAGUCGCCAAUAACACUCCAGCACCCCGCUCUCAACUGGAGAAAGGUGAAAUGA